AUGUGGAUCUUCCGAAUCUUCUCGUCGGCCUUUUUCCUCACGUCCAUCGUCCUCUCGAUCCCCCUCGCCUUCGAUGUUGGUGGUAGGACCUGUGGCCUGGGCUUCUCCCUCUGCCUAGCUGCCUUCUACUUCUUCUUCUCCCUGCUCAGACUCACCACCCCGUCCCGCUCGUGGAUCCGAAACUCCCUGAUCGUCGUUCUCAGGUCUACGCAAUGGCUUAUCGUCCCUGCUUUGCUCAUCUGGUCAUUGAACCGAUUCUCCGUCGAUGCCGACGCGGGUGACAGUGGCUCGACUGCUGGCGCCCGGGUCGGAUGGCUCGAGCGCACGUUUGGUGGGAAGAGAGCGCAGGAUACGUCGAUUGUUCGAUGGCUAUUUGGUGCCGACGGCCUUGUUGAGAAUGCUACUGUGGGUGGCUGGGAUAAGUUGUUGAGCUGGUCAACUCCGUUUUUCCAACUGGCGGAGGGGUUUUGCAGCUUGCUUGUCAUCCAGGCUGCCGGCCAGAUCACGAGAUGGUUGGUCAAUCGAGGUGGGAGGAGCGAUAGUUGGAUGAUUGGCCUUCUGGUCAUGUCCGCGUCCAUAAUCUCAAGCUCCGUUUACUUCCUCUGGCGCGUCCUGCAGUUCCCCGGAAUUAGCAACGUCGAUGCAGCCCUAAUCGGCGUCGCCAUAACCUGUGCUGUCUUCCUGUGCGCCUGGGGUAUCGGCAGUGGUCGAGGAAACCCAGUAGAGAGCUCCCUGCUAUUCGCAUACGUCGUCCUAUGUAUCUACCAGAUCUUCACAGACUACAAAUCGUCGUCCACGUCCACCACUGAACCACCUUCACCCGCCCAGACUCCCGAAUUCCCCCCUCUGCCACCUAUCAUCAUGGCUUCCUAUACCACGCUCAUGCACGCCCUCUCUACCCUACCCUCCAUCAUCCACGCAGCCUUCAACGUUGUAAGCGCAGCCUUCAGCGCCGUGACCCCCUCGGUCCUGAUAUCUCUCACCUAUCGACUAUUCGUCUUCUACGCAUCCACGAGAAUCAUCCCAGCCGUUCGCGAGUCCGGAGCCCGCGCCCUUUCCCAGGAGGCGUCCCUGGAUGAUUCCGAUGGCGCCGGUCGUUUCCUGGGCCUUCUGAGCUGGUUUUCCCCUUCUAUUCUCGUCGCUGUCUAUACUAGUCUGCUGAUGCAGCACUUUGCAUCGACUUCCCAAGCAAUGGGGGGCAAUGGUGAAUGGUGGAGCAACCGCGGUGAUGGGGCCGGGAAUUUCUGGAGAUGGAUCAAUCUUGGUUGCACAAUGGCAUUGUACGCAGUCGAGCUUUGGAUAGGGAAACAUGACGAUAUCGACUCUGGGCUUGCGGGACACUGGAAAACGGAUUGA